GUUCCGGGUUCGGAUUUAAACUGCUUCUACCACGUUGCGAUUUAUUUGAAUUUAACACCAGAAAAUGGGAAAGCUCGGAUUAGGUGCGUUUUGUUGCGUUUUUGUUUUCUAUUUUAGCCUGGCACCGACUACUGAUGGUCAAGUGAACAGAGCAGUUUACAAUGGAAGCGAGAUUCUGAUCUUCCAUACGCGGAAAUCAUACCAUGAAGCCCGGCUUGCGUGCCGUGAUAUAUUUGGCGACUUGGUUAUUAUAAGAAAUAGAGCUUUGCAGGAUAUCAUUACUCCUUACUUGCAACAAUUCCUUCCAAAUUGGUGGGCCGAGGUUUGGAGUUGGGGAUACUGGAUCGGUGGUUUGCGUCAAGCACACGCCAAUAACUGGGAAUGGUGGGAUGGGACUUUACUACCACAACCUGGAUCUGUCAAUGUUUAUCAAAACUGGAUUGGUGUUGAACCUAAUGGUGCAUUAGGACUUACUUGGUGUGCAGCAAUGACACCGUAUAAUCAGAUAAGCAACUACAACAAUACUAAAGGAGGCUGGAUAGACGAUGAAUGCACCAGAAAAAAGAGUUAUGUCUGUCAGCGAGGUUUAUGUGCGUCAAGACCGUGUCAAAACAAUGGUGAAUGUAUUGUAAUGGAAACCGAAUACCGAUGCAAUUGCUCGCCAGGUUACAACGGAAUAAACUGUGAAAUAGAUUUGUGCGCUUCAAACCCUUGUCAAAACGGAGGAACGUGCAACAAGGUACCGGGGAAUUAUACAUGUACAUGUUUGAAAGGCUAUAGCGGACGAAAUUGUGAAAAUGAUUUUUGUUUGCCGAAUCGUUGUCAGAACAACGGUACUUGUGUUCGAGAAAUUGACGAUUAUAAGUGUAAAUGUCAACUUGCUUAUGAGGGGAAAAAUUGUAGCAUUGCGAAAUUUCAAGACUUCGGAAAUGGUUGUACGAUUCAUAUCAACAAAAUUCCUUCACAAAUGAAAUCGUAUGAAGAUGCCAAGAUACAAUGUAACUCACUUCAAGCAGAACUUGCCAUCGGUAAGUCGAACCAAUCGAACGUCAUCAUUAACCAAUACAACCAGCUGUGGAUGGAUUCCCAACCAUUAUGGCUGGGAGGUAAAGAGAGCAAUUCGUCGUGGAAAUGGUUAGAUGGUAGCAACGUUGAUGGUUUCAAUACAUCAACGAUGGCUCACGAUGGUUGUUUAUCAACUGCUGUAAAUGGAAGUUGGUCUGCAGAGAAUUGCAGCAGGAGACUGGGAUAUGCUUGCGAGAAACUCGUCAACGGGAGAGAUUUAUGUUCAUCAACAAAAUGUAAAAACGGUGGAAAUUGCUCGGCGAGCGGGUGUCAUUUCUACUGCAACUGUCUUCCUGGCUUUGAUGGUUUGCAUUGCGAAAUAUCCAAUGUUCAAAACACAACAGGAAUAAACUACCUUGUUUACGUAAUACCUGGAGGAACCAUCGUAUUACUCGCUGUUUUUAUUAUUUCCGGGUUGUUAUGUUACAAACGAAGAGCCAACGCUAAGAGAAAUAAUAAUGAUGAAUGUGGCGACGAAACAGGUAAAUACGAACAACUAAAGUAUCUGCAUUGUGUGAACGCCGGAUUAAUUGAUGUUUUAGUCCAUAUAGAGCCGGACGUAUACUCGGAUAUACCAGAACUUCCAUGCUCUGCAAUAUAUGAAAACGUGCACACCAUACCACAAGUCGCACUGUACGAAGACUUGAAGUAACUUUCAUUACCAACAUCACCACGGAUAUUUUGUGCCAUAAUAUGUCAUAACUGUCAUGUUGUGUAUAACAGAAAUUCAUGUCUUUCUUCGGAAUUGUUUUUUUUGUAGUGUAGUAGGGUGGGAGAAGAUGGGACACCUUUUUAUUCCAUUUUCUCGUCCCAUUUGGUAGUAAACGAAGAACAUUCAAAGAAUUAUAAAACCGCAUUCUCACGACUCCCAUAGACCGUUGUUAAUUGUUUAAAAUACGAUCAGGAUCUUCGGAUAUUAUGUGCUAAAUACGUCCCAGCCUACCCCACGGCAAUAAAUAUUUAGUAGGGAGGAGGAAGAUGGGACACCUUAUCAUUCUAUUUUUUCGUCCCAUUUGG